AUGAUGCAGGCCAACGGGGAGGAUCCGCAGAAAGCGCAACGAAGCCUCCGGCAGAUCCGGGCCAACAUCCAGUCCCGUUCGCUGCUGGCCAGAAAGAGAAUGUCAAACAUUACUAAGAAUGACGUGAAGAGCUUCUUCAUAAGGAACGCCUUUGUCAUAUUCACUGUGGCGGCUGUCGUCUUUGGUAUCAUUCUGGGGUUUACCCUGCGACCAUACAAAAUGUCCUACCGUGACAUCAAGUUCUUCUCUUUUCCCGGAGAGCUGCUGAUGAGGAUGCUACAGAUGCUGGUGCUGCCCCUGCUGGUGUCCAGCCUCAUUACAGGCAUGGCUGCACUAGACAGUCGCGCAUCAGGUAAAAUGGGCUUGAGGGCGGUUGUGUACUACACCACCACCACGGUUAUUGCCGUGUUCAUUGGCAUCGUCAUGGUGCUCGUCAUCCACCCUGGCAAAGGCUCCAGGGACGAGGUCACCAAUCAACAGCAAAUCGAGCGUGUUAGUCCCGCUGACGCCUUUCUGGACCUCAUCAGGAAUAUGUUCCCUCCGAACCUUGUGGAAGCCUGCACCAAACAGUUCAAGACACACUAUGCCCAGAGGGUGAUCCAAAUCAAUGUGACGGUCAACGACUCAGUGCUUAACGGGAGCCAGAUGAUAACGAGGGAGGAGAUGAUCCCCGUGCCGGGUGCAGUCAACGGGGUCAACGCGCUUGGCCUGGUGGUCUUUUCCAUGUGCUUCGGGCUGAUCAUCGGGAGAAUGGGGGACCAAGGACUGCCCUUGAAGGACCUCUUCGACUGUAUCAACGAGGCCAUCAUGAGGCUGGUGGCCAUCAUCAUGUGGUAUGCCCCCAUCGGUAUCCUGUUUCUGAUCGCGGGUAAAAUCGUGGAGAUGGAUGACAUCUCGUCAAUGGGCGGCCAGCUGGGAAUGUACACAAUCACUGUCAUUAGUGGCCUGCUCAUCCACGCCAUUGUGGUCCUGCCCACAAUCUACUUUGUGGUCACUCGAAAGAACCCUUUCAUCUUCAUCGCGGGGCUGCUCCAGGCCCUCGUCACGGCCUUGGGAACAUCUUCCAGUUCCGCCACCUUGCCAAUCACGUUCAAGUGCCUUGAGGAAAACAACAAAGUAGACAAGCGCAUAACUCGCUUUGUACUCCCCGUGGGCGCCACCAUCAACAUGGACGGCACCGCCUUGUAUGAAGCGCUGGCGGCCAUCUUUAUCGCUCAGGUGAACAACUAUGACCUCAACUUUGGGCAGAUUCUCACCAUUAGCAUCACAGCCACAGCAGCCAGUAUCGGAGCGGCCGGUAUCCCGCAGGCGGGCCUGGUUACCAUGGUGAUAGUGCUCACGUCUGUGGGCCUGCCCACUGAUGACAUCACACUCAUCAUCGCCGUUGAUUGGUUCCUGGACCGACUGCGCACCGUUACUAAUGUCCUGGGAGACUCCAUCGGGGCUGGUGUCGUGGAGCAUCUAUCUCGUCACGAGUUGGCCAAAGACCCAGAGGAGGUCCACUCGGUAGCAGCUGAGGAAGGGGACAUGAAACCCUACCGGCUCAUCCACCAGGAGAACGAUUACGAGAAUGAGAGGCCUACCACUGUCAGCGAGACCAAAAUGUAGCCGGUUUUGUUUGUUGCUGCGUUUCUUUUCUACAAAGUCAAAAUCUUCCACUACAGAACUUGACACUUCUUCAAAAUGAUCAAAAGGUGUUUGUUUGGCAUCAUCUUGCGGCUUGAUUCAGCCAAUAUUUGAAGACAGGUUCCACAGAAAACAAUGGAAAUUUGUGAAUGAAUCACAAAUUGUUGGGGGUUCCCUAUAUGUUCUCGCUUGGCAAUUGUUGACUCAAGCUCAACGGGCAUGGUUGCCGUGGGCCCCGAUUUUACCAAGCAAUACACUUCCAUAGGAUGUUUUUUUUUUUUUUGCAUUUCCAUUGUCAAAAUAACUUAUUCGUACCAAACAUUUUUUUGCCACACUUGGUUGGUGUACCAGCCUCUGUGGUACCGUACCAAAUGCCAUGUUUCCACUGCACAGUACUGAUUCAAGUGGACAACAAAGGAGAAUAACAAGGGUCUCCUGUGUUAACAGGUCAGACAGAAAUUUUACUUGUGGGCAGCUACAGCAAAGUGGAGACACUAAAGCCUCCAGAGCUACGCUAAGCUCACAUUAGCAUUACUUUUGUCAUUUGUUAUCCGAAGUAGUUGAAUGUAUUAAUAUUGGUAGCCAGGUACAGUGCAGUUGAAAAGGUUCAUAUAGGUCUGUCUAUUUUUUGGGGAUGGGAGGUCAAAUUGUGCUUUUAUAGUUAAGAGAAAUUUACGAAGUUCUUGUUAAAGCUAUGCAGUCAUCUGCAUAGUCAUUUUCUUGGUGCCACGCCAUUCUAUAAAUUCAAAAGCGAUUUAUUUAAUUUUUUGGGAGACCACAAUUCAGGUUGCAUAGCAUAUUCUGCUCAAUUGAAACCCACCACCCCACCCCCCUAAAUUACCCUGAAUAAAUCCUCUAUCUUGGUUAAGCAAUGCAGUCAUCUACAUGGUUAUUUUCCAGGCAUCUGCUUUGAAUUUUAACGUUUUUUUUUUUGUCCUGUUCCAAGACGUAAACCAGUUAAAUGCAAGGUUUUGGAUAAUCCUAAGAAAUUGUCAGCGUAACCAUUCUCAGAUUGAUGGGGUUUUUUCAAAGUUGGAGGUCGAAGGUUAGCGCUUGAUAAAACUAUGCUGUCAUUUUCCCAGUGAUGCAUUAUUGUACACUAUGUAGUUUGUUUAGCUCCUGAGCUAAUAGGACUAACGGCGUGGCUCUGCAAUAACUAUAAGGUUUCCAAGUGUACUGCAUGGUGAAACAUACCACUAAAUCCUCAAUUGUGAUGAUGACAAGUUCUCCCACUAGAGUCCAGUCCUCCUCUGAAUCAAGAAAACCUACACAGUUUCUCACCCCCCUCACCCACGACAGUGGUGCUGCUCAGAGACUGUUAAUGUUGGAAACCAUGCACAUAGAGUACACUGUGAACAGGCUGGCUUCUUUGGGAGAUCAGAAAGACCUUCUUACUUUAGUCAGGCAUGAGAGUCCUUGUGAGAUGUUACGAAGCGGGUAUGCUGAACAAAUAUUUUGUACUAUGCUUUUAAUUAAUUUUGUAACCCCAAAUCCUUAUUACCCCUCUCCUGAAAGUGCGCAUAGGCCUGUGUGACGCACUGAAGGUUUAACAAAAAAAAAGAAAAUUGCAAUGCGAAUUCACAUAUACUGUACUGUAUAAGGGAUAGAAACCAAAAUUUCUCAGCAUUAUAUUGAUCCAAUUUUUUUUUAAAUCUGAGAAAAUAAUGUACUUUUUUCUUUUCUCUCUCAUUUAUAUUGUCAGCAAUUACAUAGUAGAAUUAGAAUGCAUGAAAUUCCAUGAGUCAUUUUCUUAAUUUGUAAAUUAUUUCAACAGCUGUAAAAUGAUGAUACAUUUAGAUAUGACAACCAUAACAAAUUGAAUCUUUUUUUACAUUAAAAAACAAGUCAGAAAAUCCAAAAUAAUAACCAAAUAUUCUAAGCCAAAUGUUGAAUCCACAAAAUU